AUGGCCUGUUCUGAUAUUCGGGAUUUGUGCGAGGAAGGAUCUAACGUUAGCCGCUUGAGAAAUAAUUGGCAGAAAGCAUCUCAGAAGAAUCGCUGUAAGAGAAAAACCACUGUUAUGGAAUUUGAAUCAGACUGGACACAGCAUCAAAAAUCAUCCGAUUAUACUGCUCAAGUGAUUAGUUCUGCAACAUCUUUUAUGCCUUGGUCUGGUAGAAUCCCAAUUGGUGAAGGAUUUCAUGAAUUUCUUUAG